GCAUUUUAUAACAAUCUCGAAUAUGAUAUUAGAAAUCAUAUUGCAACGUACAGACAUAAUAAAGGUAACAAUCCUUUUAUACUAAUUCUUCCAUGAAAAUAUCUACCAUUUACAUACAUUCUCAAGUGCAGCAAAGUGAUGUGCCUGAUUCAAAGAUAGUACAAUCCGCAUCUAGUUCUUGAUGUUUUCGAGGUAUGAUAUGCAUUUAUGGAAGAAAAUCAUCUUUUUGCCCGCUAGAUGGAUAGCAUGAGCGAUGUUCCAGUCGUGACAGUUCCUAAUAUGAUAUGCAACUUCAACAUCAUCCCACCCGAAGUCAAGGAGCAGAUGUUCCGUCCCAUUCUGAUGGAUUACUUUGCAGAGCAUCCUGAACAUCAAGUGCUCGGGUAUCAAAACUGGAUCAUGGAACCUUGUAAAAGGAUCGAGAUAUCAGAAAACCCAGGGUUGCCUCUCAAAGAGCUUCCUGCCUUUGAAACUGCUUUGAUCCCUGAUCAGAAGCUCGAUCAAGAGUUCUUUGCUUUGAGGAUUAAGCAAUAUACAAUCGAACUUCGUCCUAGCGUUACAUAGAGCCAUGUCUAUAGUUUCCCUCCCGAAGUUCGAGUUGCCGAUCCACCUGAGGAGAUCAUAGAGUGGGUAACCGAUAGUUCGAAGAGCAGUUUUGAGUACAUGGCGUGGGUUUACUUGCAAGAAAAGGAACUUGGACUUCACCCCAACACAGGGCAAUGAAUAUCAUAAUUUGCCUCUACGGGGUUGGCUUUACCAACGUCCUUCUCUCUCUAAAUUAUCUCCAAUAAUGUUGGAUAAUAUUCGUAGUGUUGAGCCCAUCUUAAUCACCGAUUGCCUUAACACACAGAACAUUGAUAGUGCUGAGCAAUGGAACAAACGCUCUGCCCCUGCAUUCGACGUUCUCGGCUGCGAUCUGAAUUACGCUGCGAACUUAGCAUCGCUCUCUUACGGUCUGAACCACAAUAGCUUGAGGAUCAGAAGCCGAUGCUACCAAGCCUUCAAUUAUCCUACGCUCUCUCGAGCACUCUCUCGCUGUCGAGCCCAAGCAGAGCACCCUAAAUACCAAUACCCUUUCUUUGAUCCCUGCCCCUCUAUCCCAGCUCACAACGUUCACUAUCAACACUUUCGUUUCCAAAUACCUUUUGAGACGUGAAAACAGAAACGACCAAGGAUUCGGAAAACUUACUAUCCUACAUGAUACCGUGGAAAUUAUAGAUAGAGUACUGGCAAUUUCUCCAGAGUCAUCAUGGGCAGGAUGGGUAUUUGGGAUAGGCCGGUGAGGACUUUCUCGGAGACUGACAUUUAAUUGUUACCAGUUGGUCUGGGCCGCGGGAGCCGGUAGAAAAUUGUUGAUUUGUGAGAAGAUAGAGAGUGAGCAAUUGAACGGCUGAGUAAUACUUUAUGAUUUACUGCUGCAAGACUUUGACGUUUCUCACUUCAAAGUUUCUGUUCGCUUUUUACAUUAACAUAACAGAUUGUGUUUUUCGUCAUGAAAAUUGACAAGCGCGGGCGAAUUUUCCGUGAAAUUAUGUUUGACAUAAAGCAUGUAGUAUAAAGACCUAACUGCAAUCAUGGCA